CCGAGAUCCGACGAGCCGACGACCUUUGUAUUAUUUUUCAAAUAAAAUCUAGUUUUUAUGAAUUGCUUCUCAUUAUUUUUGCUCGAGAUUACUUAAUUUAGUGCCUGAUCUAAAUAUAUAGGUUACAGUUAUUCAAGUAUCGUGCUAUCGAUAAUGGCUAAGAAGCCAACGAACAAAACUCAAUCAGAGUCCAAGGCCAAAGGCAAUAAUACAAAAAAAUCGUCUUCAUCUGGAAACAUUGGAAAACUUCUGUUUGUUUUUGCAAUCCUUGGUGGAUUAUUAGCUUUCUAUGUUUACAAAUUGGUCACUACACCUCCUGAGACACCCAAAUAUGACUUGGAGCAGUGGUGGGGACCAUAUCCGAAAGAUCAAACGAUAGAUGUUUCCAUUAGACCCUUCAAGAUUGAAUUUAGUGACGUGAUAGUGAAUGAUCUCCGAGAAAGACUGAUGCAUCGUCGUCCAUUUGUUGAGCCUCUGGAAGAUGCGGGCUUUACUUACGGCUUCAACAGUAAAUUCCUGGGUCAAGUUCUUCAUUACUGGCAAAAUAAAUACAACUUCAAGGACAGGGAAAACUUCUUUAACAAGUUUGAUCAAUAUAUAACCAACAUUCAAGGCUUAGAUAUUCAUUAUUUGCAUGUCAAACCAAAAGUUUCAGAUAGUGUUGAGGUUGUGCCACUACUGAUGCUACAUGGCUGGCCUGGAUCAGUCAGGGAGUUUUAUGAGCUCAUCCCGAAACUGAUAACUCCACAAUCUGGACACAAUUUCGUAUUUGAAAUCAUUGCCCCGAGUCUACCAGGUUUCGGAUAUUCACAGGGUCCAGCGAGAAAAGAAUUCGGUCCUUUAGAGACCGCAGUAGUAAUGAGUAACCUUAUGAAGCGAAUAGGCCAUAAACAUUACUACAUUCAAGGCGGCGAUGCCGGUCACACGGUGGGUUCCACAAUCGCCACUCUAUUCCCUGAACAAGUGCUAGGGUUCCAUACUAACCUACCUAUCAAUACUGGUCGGGUUGCUACUGCCCUCUUGUUUGUAGGAUCGCUCUGGCCCAGUACUAUAGUGGAAAAUAGACUUCAAAGUCGUAUGUAUCCACUCAGCGAACAUAUCCCCAAAUUGUUAGAGGAGACCGGAUACCUCCACAUACAGGCCACCAAGCCGGACACCAUUGGUAUCGCUCUCACCGAUUCCCCGGCCGGACUCGCAGCGUACAUUCUAGAGAAAUUCUCCUCGUGGACUAAUCUCGCGUUCAAAAACGCCACAGACGGUAGAUUGCUCGAAAAAUACCAACUGACGCAUCUACUAGACAAUGUGAUGUUGUAUUGGGCAUCGAAUAGUAUCACCACCAGUGUUAGAAUUUAUGCAGAGGCGUUCAGUAAGAGAACUAUGGCUAUGAGACUGGAUGACAUCCCAACUGAAGUGCCAACAUGGGGCAUCAAAUUCAAGCAUGAGCUUAUGUUCUACUCCGACUGCUUACUGAAGCUCAAAUACAAAAACUAUCUGCACAGCACUAUGGUAGAAGAAGGGGGGCAUUUCGCCGCAUUCGAAAUGCCCCACGUUAUGGCCAAGGACAUCUUUGAAGCUGUGAAAACGUUUAGAGAAUUCCACAACAGUCAAAAAACUUCUCCCUUAGAAGCAAGAGGGCAAACAGUUAAAGAGACACAAACAAAAACUAUAUACGAUUUCACGGUCAAAGACUUAAAUGGAAAACAGAUUAAAUUAGAAAAAUACAAGGGGCAUGUAGUUCUUAUAGUAAAUGUGGCUUCCCAGUGUGGACUCACAGACACAAAUUACAAAGAGCUCAACAUACUCUACGAAAAGUAUGCAGAGAGAGGUCUACGUAUAUUGGCUUUCCCUUGCAACCAAUUCGGUGGUCAGGAACCGGGUUCCCCCGAAGAAAUAUUCCAGUUUACCAAAGACAGGGGAGUAAAAUUCGAUAUAUUCGAAAAGGUCAAUGUGAACGGAGAGAAUACUCAUCCGUUAUGGAACUUCCUGAAGACUUCGCAGGCCGGUUUCAUCACUGAUUUUAUAAAGUGGAAUUUCUCCAAAUUCCUCGUGGACAGAAACGGUGUUCCUGUUGAGAGAUUCGCUCCGACUGUGAGUCCUCUGGAGUUGGAGGAGUAUUUGGACAAAUACUUGUAAUCACACCCGUAAUUUUAAUAAGAAUAAGCGAUUCUUCAGAGAUUUACACGAAUUAGGUUUGUUGUAAGCUGAUUUGGACAAC